GUGGUGGUGGUGGCGGCUGAUGGUGGUCAAUGGUGAAUAUAGCAAUGCCCCCCCUCCCCACAAAAAAACCCAAAUACAGACAAAGCAGAGAACCGUUUCAAUCCUCCUGGCGAGAAAGUUGGCAAUCGUGGGACUUAACUCAUUUCUGCCGUCGUCUACCACCACCACCAACACCACCACCACCACUACUACUACUACUACUGUUGCUGCUGCUGCCCCUACUGCUGUUGAUGUUGUUGUUGUUGAUGUCUCUACUACAACUACUGCUGCUUCUAUUGCUGUUGCUACCACCACCACCACCACCACCAUCACCGGUGCUGCUGCUGCUGCUGCUGUUGCUACAACCACUCUUGCUGCUGCUACUGCCAUAUAACAACAUCAAGCUCUCAACUGAAGGAUUUCACCUCGGUCAUAGGACAAUUUACCAAGCCAAUGCUACUGAAGUACUGAAGACAUCAACUUUAGGGAAUUGGAGUCGAUUUCCAGAGUUCUAAGGAUAUUCCAACCAUUCAGAAAUCUUCUGGAGGUUUUCCAGCUUUUCCAGAGGAUUUGGAAGUGGUCCUCCAGCUGAUGUCUUUCUGAGACUCACAGCCACCCAGAUACGCGCACACAGAAAUCGUGUAUACACACACACACGCACAUCAAUUGUCCAUCCUCAUAGCACUGAUUGAGUAGCAGCAAGCAGAGACGUCAACUGACCAAUUUUGGUGAGAAGAACUUGCCUGGUCAGAAGGGAAUGCAACUCGGCACCACGUGUUGCCCGACGGACUACAACACCACCCCCACCACCACUGCUGCCACUCGUCAUUUGAUCAAGGCCGCCACGCCUUCCACUGUUGACUUGCGUUUUCAUCUUUGUUGGGAAUUUGGUGGCCACAUUGAGUUUCGUGAUAGAAGCCAUGUCUCACGUAGAGAAUGGAUGGUUCCAUGAAAUUCACAACUACAUGGACCUGGGAAUCAGUUUGGCAGUUGAAAUUGAAGAAGUUCUCUUCCAGGGCAAGUCUGAUUAUCAAGACAUCCAGGUAUUUCGAAGCAAGAAAUUUGGCAACAUGUUAGUGUUGGAUGGCCUCAUCCAAUGUACCGAGUGGGAUGAAUUUGCCUAUCAAGAGAUGAUUGCUAAUCUCCCUCUUUACAGCCACCCUAAUCCAAAAAAGGUCCUUGUUAUCGGUGGUGGUGAUGGUGGAGUCCUCCGUGAAGUGGCCAAACACCCAAUGGUCAAGCAGAUUGUCUUGUGUGAGCUGGAUGAAAAAGUUAUCGAAGUGUCCAAACAGUUCCUACCAAAAAUGGCUCUUGGUUUUAGCCAUCCAAAGGUGACUGUGUGUAUCGAAGAGGGCACCAAAUACAUGCAGCAGACUGAAGAUCGUUUUGAUAUCAUUAUUAACGAUUGUACAGAUCCUGUGGGUCCAGGCCUUGGUCUUUAUUCCAGAGAAUUCUAUGAAAACAUUCACAAAGUCUUGAAUCCAGGAGGAAUUCUGUGUUCUCAAGGUGAAAGUCAGUGGUUUGAUCAUCUUCUACUGAAAGACAUCAUAACAUUUGCCAAGGAACUCUUCCCAAGGGUUGCCUAUGCUUAUGCACCAAUGCCAACCUAUUUAGGGGGACAAAUUGGUUUCAUUCUCUGCAGCAAGAACCAGGAGACAAAAUUUAGUGAACCAGUACGGUUCCUCAGUGACAAAGACCUGGAGGUGUUCGGCAUGAAAUAUUAUAAUUCUGAGAUCCACAAGUCAGCAUUCUGUCUCCCACAGUUCUCCAAACAUAGACUUGGACUGUGAAAUGACGGUCAUGUAGCACUAUAAACUAACAUGUAGCAAUGUUAAUUUAGCCAUAGACCAAUGUGAUUGUAAGCCAUGUAGCUCUGUAAUAUUUCAACUGCAAUAAACAUUGUUGACCAACAA